UUAGCGCUAUUGCUACUGCCACUGACGACUACUUUGCGUUGGUGUUCACCACAUCAUCGCUUGACGGAACCUUUCCUGGUUGGAGCUCCAUUAGAAUCAUUUUCAUUUUCCUUUACGCGAAUUAUGGCAGUAAAUACAGGCACAUCCCUGGUGCUGUCCAGCCUGCUGUCGGUGCUGGUAUUCGCCGGUAUGCAAAUGUUCAGUCGUCAGCUGAGCUCCACGGAGUGGCUGACCAUCCUCGGCGGGUUCCUGGGCUCUGUGCUUUUUGUCUGCUCUCUUACUGCUUUCAAUAACCUGGAGAACCUGGUCUUCGGAAAGGGCUUCCAGGCCAAGAUCUUCCCAGAAAUUACUGUGUGCCUGUCGCUGGCUCUGUUUGCGUCUGCGCUGGUGCAUCGGGUCUGUGUGACCACGUGCCUGAUCUUCUCUCUCUUCUCACUGUACUACAUCAACAAAGUCUCAGCCGCUCUCUACCAGGCUGCCGUUCCCACGACAACGCCCGCCAAAAUCACCGGCAGCAAGGGCAAGAGGAAGAAUUAAAGCACUGAUGUUGUCAUCAAUUGGUUAUCCAAUCAGCAUUCAGACCCAGCCGAGGAAAGAUGACCGACGAAGACUCCCCACCUCUCCACCUCAGAGCAGUGGCUGAGUGUCACAUUCAGCCGAAGUCCUAAGUGAUUACUACAUUCCAGUGCUCAGAGACAUCUGAAAACGGCUACAAGGUCUCCUUGAAUAUGUUGCUGAGAUUUGUGGGUUUAUGUUUGGUUAUGAUCAUUUUUUGUUUACUCAUGAAGCAGAUUUCUAAUUAAAACACUGAAAGUGG